CUAUAUAAAAACCAAUUAAUAAGCAGGAACCUUUCAGCUUCCUAGCUAGAAACCACCUUCAUCACUCCUUUGUAACAAGGUAGUAGCCAUGGCGGCCAAAACCAGCGACGACUGUGACAAGGGCUUCGCAGACAGCUACAUGCUGCUGAAGCACGAAGACGCCCGGUUCUUCGAUCUGCUUCACGUCCUCACUUCGCGAAACAUGUCGCGAAGGAGGUUUGUGGAGAGCCACGCGGAGGGCGAAGUGGACGAGAGCUUCGGCCACCGGUGGCUUAUAUUCAUCUCUAUCUUGGCCCAGAAGCUCUUGCAGUUGAUGGCCAAGCCAUUAGCGUUCUUUGGGAUCUGCGUUGAGCUUCUCAUCAACUUGAUUGCCCUCAACGGUGGUAUCUUCUAUAUCAUAUUUAACUUCAUAAGAGGUAAUAAGCAGCUAGAAUGGUGUAAUGAAGCACCCUUCUACACUCUUGGUCCACUAACAACUGAUAUUGCUCCUGGUUAUGAUCACAUUACCUCUGCUAUUGGUGCUGCCAAUAUCGGAGUACUUGGUAUAGCUCUUCUCUGCCAUGUAACUUCAAAAGAACAUCUCGGUCUACCAAAUCGUGAUUAUGUGAAGACCGGAGUUAUAUCUUACAAGAUAGCUGCUCAUGUUGCUGACUUAGAGAAGGGUCAUCCACAUGCUCAAGCCUGGGAUGAUGCACUAAGUAAGGCGAGAUUUGAAUUCCGAUGGAUGGAUCAUUUUGCUUUAUCUUUGGAUCCAAUGACGGCCAUGUCUUUCAAUGAUGAAACAUUGCCAUCUGAAGGCGCAAAGACAGAGUAUCAAGAAAAGGCCUCAACUCAAGUGUUGAUAGCUUUAGACAGACACCAAAACCGGGACACUUAUGUUGUGGCCUUCAGAGGAACAGAACCCUUCAACGCCGACGAUUGGUGCACGGACAUCGACAUCUCAUGGUACGGAAUCCCCGGCGUGGGAAGAAUGCACGGCGGCUUCAUGAAAGCAUUAGGGCUACAAAAGAAUGUGGGGUGGCCAAAGGAAAUCGAAAGAGACGAGCGUCUUCCACCAUUAGCAUAUUAUGUUAUUAGGGACAUUCUAAGAAAAAGGCUGAGUGAAAAUGAGAAUGCAAAGUUCAUAGUAACGGGUCAUAGUUUGGGAGGUGCACUUGCAAUUUUGUUUGGGACAGUGUUGUUUUUGCAUGAAGAGACGUUGUUGUUGGAGAGGCUUGAAGGGAUCUACACGUUUGGGCAACCGAGAGUUGGAGAUGAAGCAUAUGCAAUGUAUAUGAAACAGAAAUUGAAGGAACAUUCGGUAAGGUAUUGUAGAUUUGUUUAUUGCAAUGAUAUAGUUCCGAGGUUACCGUACGAUGAUAAGGAAAUGAUGUUCAAGCACUUUGGGAUAUGCCUUUUCUUUGAUUGGCGAUAUCAGCUCAAGGUUCUUGAAGAAGAACCGAACAAGAACUACUUCUCGCUAUGGUGUGUGAUACCCAUGACAAUGAAUGCAAUUUUGGAACUAAUAAGGAGCUUUACUAUUGCAUACCAAAAUGGACCUCACUACAAAGAAGGAUGGCUUCUAUUUGCUUUCAGGGUUAUUGGGGUAUUAAUUCCAGGCUUACCUGCUCAUGGUCCCCAAGAUUAUCUUAAUUCCACACUUUUGGGACCAAUAGAAAAACACUUAAAAGCAGACUGAAUAUAUAUUUCAUGUCCCUGCUGGCUUCAAAACACAGGGCUAUGAUAGCUAUACCUCUUAAUUUGGAACAUGUCGUAAUUAUUAGAAUUGUUUGACUGAUUGGCUUUUGUUAUUAAUGCUAAGGGGUGGUUUUGAUGUCAUA